AUGACGGCACUUGACUCUCUGAAGAAGUAUACUACGGUUGUCUCUGACUCGGGUGACUUUGCGAGCAUCUCGCAGUACAAGCCCCAAGAUGCUACGACGAACCCCUCACUCAUCCUCGCCGCUACUAAGAAGCCAGAGUAUGCAAAGCUCAUGGACGUCGCGGUCGACUACGCUAAGCAGCACGGUGGCGAUAAGGAUACUCAAGUGGACGCUGCCAUUGACCGUCUGCUUGUCGAGUUCGGCAAGGAGAUUCUGGCCCUGAUCCCAGGCCGAGUGUCGACAGAGGUCGACGCUCGCUUCUCCUUUGACAAGGAUGCGACGAUCAAGAAAGCGCUGCACAUCAUUGACCUGUACAAAGAGAUUGGCAUCUCCAAAGACCGUGUGCUCAUCAAGAUUGCGUCUACUUGGGAGGGCAUCCAAGCCGCUCGCGAACUCGAGUCAAAGCACGACAUUCACUGCAACUUGACGCUCUUGUUUGGAUUUGCCCAGGCCGUCGCUUGCGCAGAGGCCAAGGUCACUCUCAUUUCGCCGUUCGUCGGUCGCAUUCUCGAUUAUUACAAGUCAGCCAAGCCCGAUGGUGACUAUGACGGUGCCAAAGAUCCCGGUGUCGUCUCGGUCAAGAAGAUCUACAAUUACUACAAGCAACAUGGCUACAAGACUAUCGUCAUGGGCGCCUCUUUCCGAUCAGUCGACGAGAUCAAGCAGCUCGCUGGAUGUGACUUCUUGACGAUCGCGCCUGCAUUGCUCGAAAAGCUCAAGGCUGAAAAGGGCGACAUUGAGGAGAAGCUCAACGCAUCCAAAGCGUCGAGUUCUGACCCGAUCGAGAAGGUCUCCUUCGUCGACAACGAGCCCGAGUUCCGAUGGGAGCUCUUGCAAGACGACAUGGCCUUCACAAAGCUGCACGAGGGCAUCAAGAAGUUUGCAGAGGACGCGGUCACGCUCAAGGGGAUCUUGUCGGAAAAGCUAUAGAGUCCGAUCAAAGUACCUACAACAACGAAUGCAAAUGCUAUCUCAUGAUCCGAUGAGGUCCUGAAGCUGCUUCCAUACUAUUCGGCGAUUCUCAGGCGAUUCGACCCAAGGAUUGAGCUUGAGCUCUUUGAGUCUGUUGUUGAGAUACCUCGGGCCUUCUCUGGCUUGCUCGCUCGCUGCAAGGUAGACCGGUACAUCUGAGAAGUACUCUGGCGUGCUCGCUACCGUCCUUGAUAGUAUAGGGCGCAAGAGCUUCGCGAGCUGCACAAUUGGCAUUGGGAAGCCUUGGUUUGAUAGCGCAUCGGUGAGUACGAAGCCCGGGAAGACAUGGAACCAGGCCAAGCUGGGAUACUGGUUUGAUCCUUCCUCUGUUAUGACAUCAAGCAAGACCGAAUCCCUAUUGCCGGAGCCAAUGAGAUUGCCACCGG